AUGGGCAAGAAAAGCGAAAAAACUGAAAAGCCUGUUGAAGAAGCUAUGGAAGUUGAAGAGAAACCCCCAGUCGAACCAGAAGCUGAGGAAGAAGAUUUGAACGUACCAGCAAAAAAGAAAAUGGAAAUUCUGGACCCAAAAAGCUUCGAACAAGACCCAUCGAAUUUGACACUUAUUCUGUACGAAGAAGACCACACUAUUGGAAAUUCCAUCAAACAUAUUCUGAGCAGAAUGGACGAAGUCGAAUUCUGUGGUUACAAUGUCCCACAUCCGCUCGAAGACAAAAUCUUGUUCAGAGUGCAGACAAAGGAUGGAAUCAAUGCGUUGGAAGUAUUAGUAAAAGCGUUCGAAAGUGUCGAACAGAUUUUCUCGACGAUUCGGGGGAAAUUUGAGGAAUCCUACGAGCAAAGCAUUUCGUAA